GUGGUCCAGCAGUUGAUGUCCAUGCUGAUCAGCGAACAUGAGCUGCUGUUCCCUAAGGACGCUGACCUCCAGAGUGGGCAGGAGGUGUGCAACAACAACAACGAGAUCCAAAAGAAAGUCAUCAUAGGUCAGCUCCAGAACAAAGAGAACAACAACACGAAAGAUUCGCCUGUAAGACGCUGCUCUUGGGAAACACCCGAGUCCCCCCAAAGAACCAUCAUGGACAACGGGUCUCCUACUGCGCAGCCCGGGAGCAAGUCAAACAGCCCCAGGAACAGCAUUCACAAGCUGGAUGUCACCAGAAGUCCACCCCUCAUGGUGAAAAAAAAUCCAGCAUUUAAUAAAGGCAGUGGCAUAGUCACCAAUGGGUCCUUCAGCAGCUCUGUGGAGGGCCAAGAGAAAACGUCACCAUCUUUACCCAAUGGUACUUUGCAGACCAGAAGAACCUCUUCGCUGAAAGGGCCAGUAACCAAAAUGGGCACUCACAGUGUGCAGAACGGAGGUGUGAGGAUGGGCAUUUCCAGCACGGAUGCCCACAGCAACUCUCUGAACAGCCGCAACCAAGGCUGGAUGCCCAAUGGGUAUGUGACAUUGAGGGAUAGCAAGCAGAAGGAGCCCAUGAGUGACACAGGCCAACACAACAGACUGUCUACUUACGACAACGUACACCAGCAGUUCUCCAUGGUGAACGCGGAAGACAAGCAGAGCGUUGACAGUGCUACUUGGUCCACCUCCUCCUGCGAAAUAUCCCUCCCUGAACAUUCCAACUCUUGCCGGUCUUCUACCACCACCUGCCCCGAACAAGACUUUUAUGGGGCCAAUUUCGAAGACCCUGUCUUAGACGAACCCCAACACGAAGAGCUCUCCAACCAAGGGGAUUACGAGGGCAAAGGCGACCGGAGGAGUGUCGGAGGGCGCAGCAGCCGGGCCACCAGCAGCAGCGACAACAGCGAAACAUUCGUGGUCAACAACACGAGCAAUCACAGCGCUUUGCACAGCCUUGUGUCAAGCUUAAAGCAGGAAAUGUCAAAGCAAAAGCUGGAGUAUGAAACCAGGAUAAAAAGGUAA